CGCGCGCAGCUCUCAAUAAGCGCGAGCGGCACGGAAAGCAAUGAAAGCCACAUCAGGGCGAGUCAAACACUGUUUAUCUGGUUUUAGAGGAAAUUUGUGACGGAAUAUCACCAGGCCAGUGAAACUGCUUUCAAGCAUGGAGGCCAGCGGCAGUGGUUGGCAGAGUGAAGCCAUGACCUCUUGCUUCUUGGGCAACAUCACCUCAGAGAACGCCAGCACGGGUCGGAUAUACGAGGUGGCCGUGCAGUCAGGGAAUGGCUCGACGAAACGCAGUCCACAGUUUGUUGGGGUGGAAUUGCUCCAAUCUUACAAACUUCUUAUCAUUCCUUGCUAUAUGAUGGUUGUACUAGUGGGAGUUUUUGGGAACUAUUUACUGCUUUAUGUCAUUUGCCAGACCAGGAAGAUGCACAAUGUAACGAAUUUCUUCAUCGGGAACCUGGCCUUCUCGGACAUGUUGAUGUGUGCCACCUGUGUGCCAUUCACCCUGGCGUACGCCUUCAACCCUCGCGGUUGGGUGUUUGGGAAAUUCAUGUGCUAUCUGGUGUUCCUUAUACAGCCAGUGACUGUGUAUGUGUCAGUGUUCACAUUAACAGCAAUUGGGGUGGACAGAUACUAUGCUACGGUGCACCCUCUGAAGAAACGUAUCUCAGUCCUGGCCUGUGCUUAUCUACUCUCCGGCAUCUGGAUCCUAUCCUGUGGCCUGGUCGCUCCAGCUGUGGCCCACACAUACCACGUGGAGUUUAGAGAUGAAGGCUUCACCAUUUGUGAGGAAUUCUGGAUGGGGCAGGAGCGUGAGCGUCUUGCCUAUGCUUAUAGCACACUCUUCAUCACGUACGUCCUCCCGCUCUCUGCACUUUGCAUCUCAUACCUGCGCAUAUCUGUCAAGCUCCGCAACUGUGUGGUGCCUGGACACCACACGCAGAGCCAAGCGGAGGCACAGCGGGCACGAAAGCGCAAAACCUUUCGACUAGUGACAUUGGUGGUGGCAGCGUUUGCAGUCUGCUGGCUGCCUAUUAGUGUCUUCAACGUCCUCCGUGACAUUGAUAUCGACUUGAUUGACAAGCGCUACUUUCUGCUUAUUCAGCUGCUGUGCCACCUGUGCGCCAUGAGCUCGUCUUGCUGUAACCCAUUUUUGUACGCAUGGCUUCACGAUCGCUUUCGAGCAGAGCUGCGAAAGAUGUUCACAUGCCACAGACGAAUUGGGAUUGGGAUACCCGGCAACAACUGUACCGCUGCCAGCGUGGUGCUCUGA